AUGACAGUUGCGUAUUACUCCUUCGGCUCGGUUUGGACACCCGCAUUAGAGGAAAUCGGCACCCUCGGCCCUGGGCGUUGGGUCAGCUUUUAUGUGUUGGACCUAUACCUUCUCCACGUCUGGUACAACAGGCCCGGGUACAACCGGGGUGUGAGGUACAUAGAUGCUUCUACCGUGAGCCAGCGGGAAGACACGUUCACAGACGAAGAACUUCAGGCCCAGGUUCAAACCCCUCUGCGCCGGCGCUUCCUCCUUCCACCGGAGGGCAAAAUCCCAAUAACACCAGUGGCGUAUGUCAUCCUCCACAACAGCCACUUUGUCGUUGUGGUGCAAGACACUGAGGCCAAGACGGUGCAUGUGGUAGGCAGCAUGUGCCAAAAAGCCUUGGUCCGUCAAGAAUGGCUGGACUGCCAUGGAGACAUCAUCAUGGCGCACGUUUGUCGCAUCCACGGCUGGCCAACCCCCGACCCACACACGGUCACCAUCCGUCAUGUAGCUCCCCCUCAGAACGGCUACGACUGCGCUCUUGUGGUGGUUCAGGUGGCCAUGUCUCUUUUUAGAGAAGGGCUGCAGCUCGAUGCUUCUGGGAACCUCAAGACCCCGCUGAUGGAAUGCGCCCACAACAUUCGCUUGCACAUGUACGACCUUUUCAAGAACACCAUCAUCCCCAAACUUCAUCAAGAGCAUGAACGCCGCCGCCUGUUUCCCCUCCACAUGCGUUGGGAGUGGAAAACAUGGGUGACAACAUGUCUCGAGGACUCAGCACCAUCUCUGGAUGAAGAAGGCCAUCCAAGCUUGCUCCAGUUGUCAUUCGGGGCUGAGGAAGAGAAGGCUCCUUGA